AUGGAUGGAAAUAAUCCUGCACGUAGCGAUGAAUUGAACAAUAACAUCAAAGGGCGCGCCAAUUCGCUGCAACAAGCUUUGAUCAACGUGUUCGAGAGAGAUAAAGAGAGAGAUAAAGAGAGAGAGAAAGAGAGAUAUAUAGAGAGAGAUAAAGAGAGAGAUAAAGAGAGAGAUAAAGAGAGAGUUAAAGAGAUAGAUAGAGAGAGAGAUAAAGAGAGCGAUAAAGAGAGAGAGAGAGAUAAAGAGAGAGAUAAAGAGAGAGAUAAAGAGAGAGAUAAAGAGAGAGAUAAAGAGAGAGAUAAAGAGACAGAAAAAGAGACAGAUAAAGAGAGAGAUAAAGAGAGCGAUAAAGAGAGAGAUAAAGAGAGAGAUAAAAAGAGAGAUAAAGAGAGAGAUAAAGAGAGAGAUAAAGAGAGAGAUAAAGAGAGAGAUAAAGAGAGAGAUAAAGAGAGAGAUAAAGAGAGAGAGAUAAAGAGAAAGAUAAAGAGAGAGAUAAAGAGAGAUAUAAAGAGAGAUAUAAAGAGAGAGAGAUAA